AUGGCUUCCAACGCAAGGUGCUUUUCAAGUUUGAGAAGCAUUUUACAGAGUAAAGCGGCUUGUUUACAGACACAGAACCGACCUUACUUUAAAGGUGCAUAUAGUAUAAUUUUCUCAGAUAAUAGAAAGAGACGGCUCAAACGAGGUGAAUCAGGGAAUAAGACAAGAUAUGGUCCACUGACAGAUUUACCAGACUUCACCUACCUUGAUGGCCGCCCAACACCACUGACGGCUGGACAAAAAGAACGGAAAGAGGAACGGAUUAAAACAGCUGAACGCAUCAUGAAGUUAGUUGGUGAAAUGGAAACAGCUCAAGUAAUGUAUGAUACAAGAAUACAGCGAGAAGAAAAUGAACUGAAACAGAGACAAAAUAAAGCUUUAAGAGCGAAAGUUCACUGAUUGACAAUUAAUUGAUUAGAACUCAUUUCUUGCUGCCAAUAUGUGUGUGUUUUGGAUUUUAUCCUCAUCAGGACAUCUGGUUUAGAGAAGUGUGAUUCAAUUUCUUGUAUACAGGACUUGAGGCUUAUGAGCAACUAUAGUGUAGAAACUUUGUGUUUGUUUACAAAAAUAAUUGUGAAUGAAACCGAGUUUAAUAAGAUGAAAUGGAUGAUGUAUAAAAACAAGAUGAAGUGUUCAGAGGAUAAUUUUGUUUUGUAUUGAGUGUAAGAAAUAGAACCAUUUUGAUACAGCAUUAUUCAUUGAGUGUUUUUUCAAAACCACUUCACAAAUUCUGAUGAUAUCAAGGACUCUGCAUUUAUUGGACUUUGUCAUUUAUAUCAAAGUUUCAUCAAUAAACAGAUACAAUAACACAUCAUCAUGUGAUGACAGGAACCAAGUGUAUUGGACCUAAUUCUAACCCAUAAAAAAUAAAGAGUUUAUUAUAUU